UCAUACUUCAACAUCGAUGGUUUGAUCAAAAUGAGUUACUUCUUGAAAGGUCUGCCUUCGUACAACGAGACCAACUUCACGAGAUUUCACUGCGACUCAACCAAAACAUCUAAUCGAAGGCCGACAGUUUAUCUUCCGACAACGGAAUACCCUUCUGACCAAGUGAUUACAACAGAGAAAACGAAUAUACUGCUCAGAUAUCUUCAUCAACAAUGGGAUAAAAAGAAUUUACAUAAGAAAAGAGACACAACAAAUGCCAAUUUAGAUGCUGAAACAGCUACUCCAAGAAAAAUGCAACGACUAGAUUUCAAUGCAGACAACAAUGACUCGUAGCGAUAGGAGUACACAGAAAUAUCUCCAUGAUCCUUUGGUACACGUAUCCCAAGAUGCAAUAUACCCCAUUGUAUACUGCAAGCGUGAGUGGACUAGAAUCGUGUUGACAAAUGAAUAUGGGAAUCAGUAUUACCACUGACAAUGCAUACUUAUCCAAAGUAAAGACAACUAUUUAUAUGUUAAUUUUAAUUAAAGCAGUCUAGUGGUACUGAGUUCAUGUUUUAACUAGCUGACCAGUUAUUGAGGUUGUCAGUGUGCAGUGCUUGAGCGCAGCAUCAACAUUUCUGGUCAUUUGUGUUGGAAAGAAAAAAAGGAUGUGUACAUUUGUAAAGGGCAUUAUUAUUUUAGUUUCUCCAAGCUGAAUGUGUGGGACUCAUCUGUCUGUACUGAGUUUCAAAUACAAUGGAUCCUUGUACAUUGCAGAGUAACUGCUUAUUGAAUACCUAAUUAGCCUAUGAUAAACUUUAUAUCCUGUAUUGCAUUAUGAUCCAGAAAUGUGUCUAAUAGUAUGAAUGAAAUAAUAUUCUAAAGCAUGUGUAAACAAAUAUUUUUGUAUAUUACUAGUAUGCCAUGUAAUAUUGUUAUCCACAUCUUUAAUUGGAUGGAGAAAAGUUUAUACCAUGUAUUAUUAGUACACCUUUCUCAGAACACUAGUCUUAAUUUAAAUUGCAUUAAGUUCAGAAAACCUAGAUUUGCUAAUGUUGAAUUGUUUUUCGUGAUGUCUAAACUGACACUGUUCAGGAGUAGACACAAUUAUGGGCUUCCAUCUUAUUGUAUUUGAACCCUUCAACUGUGUGCAAACCCUUAUGUGGUCACGUUUGUAUCAAUGGUUAUGUACAUCUUUGAAGAAGAAAAAAAAAUGUUAGUUCUGUUUGAGUUUUCCUUGUUAACAUGAACAAAAAAUAGUCACAAUCCGAACUGCAGUGUGAAUAAAAUAGUACACGACAAGAGUUCUGUGAUAAAGGUGCUUUUCCACUUGAGACUUGUUAUGGUAAUGUGAAUAUUGUAUUUGCUUUAUUAGAUGCGUCUCAAACAGAAGUGCUCAUAAACCCCAAAUUACAUUAGGAUGUGGAUAUGACUGGAUCACUCAUUUUGACCACACUCUACAUACUCCCCUAAUAUGAGAAAAUAUGGUAGAACAGAGCACUCAUAUGUAAUGUGUUUAAAGCUAUGUCGUUUCAAAUUAUAAAACAUCUGAUCAAACUUGGUAGUGCAUGAUUACCAGGGAAAGGCUUUUAUUAGUGCCUGAAAAUGUUUGGGCAUGGAGCGGUAUUUGUUUAAUGGGUGGGUGAGAAGGGUGGGUGCGGGUAAUAUGAUAUGACUGGUAUGAAGCUUCUUAUUCUAACCUUGGGUUCAAGAUAGUACAAAUUACAUUUUCAUCAUUGAAAAUAACACUGGAUCUGAGCUCUAACACUAGUUAUUCAACAACAACAUUCAGUUGUAGCAGGACUACAAAGAAAGCCACUUUGUGUGAAACAGAUUCUUCUAAAGAUGUUCUAAAUGUGUGGUCAGACUCGUGAUAACACCGGUAUUUAUUGAUAAUGUGGAUAACAUGCAAGAAUAAUAAUUGUAAAAAGACCUUACAAAUGAACUGUAGAUACUGUAUGCUAUUAUGUGGUUUGGU